CUAACAGUGUCCUUCAUAUUUCUAAUGUAUUUUGUUGCCAUUCUUUUCUUUGAGGAAUUGACUAUAGCAGAUGUAUGAUUUAUUUUAAGGUCUCUUUGUAAGUAUUUGAAAACUGACUAGAAUGCAUGACACCCAGCUCAUCAGCAUGGUUUGCUGGUUAUGCCAACUCUUGUGAAAGUUUAAAAACAACCAAGCAAACCACUGUCUUCAAGUUUUGAGUUCUGGUGAAAGUCUGAGAUUCUGGAGAGUGCACUACAUCGUUCCCUUUCUGUUAGAACCUGUUCAGCAGCCAUGGCUGAUGUGGCUGCUGGUUGUGUAAGCUGCAGGUAAUGAUCCGUGCAGGAAUGUGCGUGGUUGCCUAUACAGUGCUGCUGGAAGUUGUGUCCUAGGUGCAUUGAAGCAAAUUUUCUGUCAGUGAAUGAUAAGAGUACGCAGAGGUUUGUUUUAAACAGGCACAUAUCGCUGUACAGCAACUAUAGUUUGAAGUCUUAACUUAGUAGUACCUCUGGAUGUUAAAUUCUUCAGUGAGCAACAUUGCAGCCCAGAAAACUGAGUGUCAGCAGCCAUGGACCUUUCUUUGUGUGUUGGUGGCAUUGCUAUAGGGCCUCAAACCCUACUGUUCUGAAAACCAUUUGUGUGUUCAGAAUGCUGUUCCGUUGUGUAACAGCACUGGGAAAUCCCUGCUGUAGUGACUGGGUUGAGACACAACCUCAGAAUGCAGCCCUGUGUCAGUGCAGAAUGCCAGCGUUCUGCUACUGGUGGGAUCAGACGUGAUGUAUGCAAAUGGCUGUUUAAAAACUUGCAAGCGUGGGCUCCUCCUUGGUGAUUGUAGCCCAUGUUCUCAGCAAUACUUUGAUCUGGAAAGCCCUUAGCAAUCUCUUUAGUUCUUGUAAUUGAGUAAGCGACAUAUAGAUGUGUUUGAGUCUGUUAAAAUAUUUUAACUUAGUGUUGCAUGUAGUUGCAGAGGGAGUGUUCACUAAUCCAUGGCUAUUUGUGUGUUUUAAAUAUGUACAUUACAGCCUCUUUUACCUUGAUGAUUUUUUCUCAUGAUCAUGAAGCUUUCCUUUCUGUUCCAAAAUAUCUGACUUUAUUGCUUACAUUCCUAGGUUUGAAUUAAACAAACAAAUUCUGCUUUCAUUUGGCAUUGUCUGCCUACAGGUCUACAACAAAGGGAGAAAACUCAACAAAUGGAUCAAAUAAAAGUUCUAUGUGUUUUGUCUUUUGUUGGCUGUUUAAUGGCAUCUCAGUAGUGUGCACAGUGACACCCAUGAUUCAGUAAUGUGCUGGUAGGUCACAGGAAACAAUGCCUGUACAGUCUGACACUUAGCAUUGCUGCUUGCCAAGUGCACCAGGUCUAAAGAAAUUGUUAAGAGGACUCAUAAGCUCAUGUCAAAGCAUCUUCCUUUAGUAUAAUUGGAUACUACCUAGGUUGCAGUAAUUGAACUGUUAAUCAAGAUUUCUAAUCUAAAUGGAGUAUUUAAGCUGUUUUAGUGUUGGACUUUGCAAAAUAGCUUGUCCUAUUUUAUUUUUUUAUGUUUAACUUCCUAACAUCUUCAUUCUCAGAGGCUGCAAUUUGGGUUUGAUCUCUGCCCAAGACCACUAUUUAAAUGAAGGGCCUUAAAUGAUUGGAAUUGCAGAAGGAAAGCAUUUUCUAUUCUCUUUAGGCAUACGUUCAGUUGAACUUGCUUCAGCUCUUAAAUUGAAUCAUCUUGACGUGAGCAAGGCAUCCAUCUCAACAUGUGCAAUUAAUUGCUGCAAGAAACAGCUAUGGUACGUUUUUUGGGGGGGGGGUUAGGUUUUGUGGUUUAGGUGAUGGAAUGAGCAGUAGUCUUGCAUCAUACAUGGUAUGUUCAUCUUUGUUCCCUUGUCAGCCUCCCUGAUCUUUGGCAAAGAUCUUGAACUUCAGAAAGUCUUGCUUGUGUUCGUUACCGUGUUCUCGUUAAGUUCUUGAACUCAUGGUCUGAUGUGGUGUAACUGCUCCAAACCCAACUACCUGCUUGGUUACAGCUGAGCUUGAUAACCUUCAUGUAGGAAAUAGGUCGUGGUGGGUGUCUGGUCUCACAGACAUUUCCCUCUGAAAGCUGCUUUACUCCAAGUCUUAAACAUUUUCAUUACGGAUUGUUUUGUGGAGUCUGCAUGGGAAGCCUGGUUGGUCUGGUUGUUACAUGUGACUCUAACCAAGCUCAUUAUCACCUAAAAAGCUAUUUUAAGGCUUAAAAUAUUCAUUCUAUAGUGAUUAGGAAUUUGAACUUUCUCCGUAGAGAGAAGCAGAUCUGGAAUUUGAUAGCAUUUUUAACCUUUUAUCUAGUACUCUUCCGUGGGUGCCUAGAGUUGCAGGCUUGGGGUACUCAGAAUUCCCCUCUGAACAGGACAGCUUCCUGGCACAGAGUUUAGCAGUGAUACGUUCCUGUGAGAAACUUCUGCUUGGGACAAGUGAGUGUUGCCAUGUGGGAGGAAGAGGUCCUCAAGGUUGUGUUUGAUUUUGGAAGCUCUCUGAGUGGGUGUGUAUGGGGUUGGCAGGUGUUGUCAGGAAACACGUAUUAACUCAGUCAGGAAUAAUUUGUGUGUUUGGGGAUGGAGAAGGAAGGAGCAACAAUUGUUAGUCCGUGUCAGGCAUUAUUUGUUGUUUUGAAUCAGUUAAUUUAGUGAGACUGUCUUGGUGCCAGCUUUUAGGUAAUACAGCUGCCAAUUUCUCCCAAGUCAUGGUGAGGUAGUUCUUUGAGUGCUUGGGCUGAGGAUGGGAGGUGGAGGAGGAGAUGUUACUUCCAGGGUGGCAAUAAUUCAGAGUGCAGGAGCGAACUCUUCUGUGAGCAAGUGGGACAUGAACCUAUGUCGUUUUGUCUUUGAAACUGCAAAGCCCUCUGCUGAAGCCUGCAGACAGUUCUGAGUGGUGCAAUCUAUUUCAGGCGAGCUACAAGCUGAGCUAAGGAUGCAGGCCUGAAAAUCCAUGUAUGGAAAUAAAGGAGAGGAUGGCAGAGAAUUUGUUAUGUCUGUGCUUAUCGCCCAAGCAAAAGGCUAUUCCAGAUGGGUGUAUCUUGUUAGCUUUUGCAGGAGCCUGGGGUUAUGUUGCUACAACGCUAGUGGGUUAGCCCUGGUUUGGGAAGGAGCUGGGGAAAGGUGUUUUGGGGGAGGGUGAUCCGACUCCAUUUCCUCAGGCUUUCAGUUCAUUCUCUUCAGUACCUGGCUGGCACCAAGGUGAGUGCAAGCUGCAUCAGCUGGGGGGUGGGCAUUCAUCUUCCACAUGGCAGGAGCAGCAAUGGGGUUGUCAGCACGGGAAGUUUCCGUUUGCCUCAUACACUGUCAUGAAGCCAAAGUGGAGUUGGGAGGAGGGAGAAGCAAAAGAAGCCCUGCUUCCAACCAGAGAAGGGGCUCAGCCUGCCUGCCCUGUCCUCCUGUCCACAUGCCUGGGCAGCACAGUGCUUCUUGCUUCCCUCCCUCUGUUGGUUUUUGUGUCCUGGUAACGUUGCUUAUGUUAGAGACAGUAUAUGUUGGUAACAUGGCUGCAUUUUAGGGUGCAGAAAGCUUCCUGUGGUCCUCUGAGCUGCUCUGAAGGCUGUAGAUCUAAGAGGAAUGAACAAAACUCACCCCCAGAGAAAUGGUGAUGUAACUACUUCUGAUUCAGCCAAGUCCUUCUCUGAAGAACAAGGCUGCUGCUGGCCAUGCUGUGCCCACCUGUGCUGCCCACCGAGACGGGCCUGCGUUGUGCUGCUGCUCCUGGCUGCCAUAGCAGCCAUUGUGGGCCUGGCAAUCGCACUGGGACUGCAGCUACAUGCACCGGUGAACCGCCUCUGUGUAGCCACUCAUAACUGGACAGGCUUCUUGUGCAAUGACAGAGUGACCUGCAUCCCAGCCAGCCAGGUCUGUGAUGGAACUGCCAACUGCAGAAAUGGAGAGGAUGAGCAGGAGAAACUCUGUGGUGACCUGCCCCGCAGCCUGCCGGCAUAUCUGGUUUUCCACUGCGGUAACCCUGAGUACUGGGUCUAUGCUGACCAGAGGUGUAAUGGGAUGAACGACUGCGGAGACUGCUCUGAUGAGAUGGGGAGCUUGGCUGCCUGCCCUCCCUGCGGCCCAGCCUGGUGGAGCUGCAGCCCUGUUCACUACGAGUACUGCUCCUGUGUGCCCAGGGCACUGUGCCGGGAUGGUGUGCAGCACUGUGUGAGCUGGUCAGACGAGUACCUCUGCAGGCCGUGAGGUCUGGGCACCAAGAAGCGUUAGACAUGGGGAGGUGCUUCCUGCACUGUCACUUCCUGCUGUGCCACCACCCUGGAAGCUCUGGCACAAGCAGGCCCAGGUGAGCAGCUGCAAAAGGUCUGCAGCAGAGAUGGGUGCUGUGCUGCUGGCAUCCCGGUGCUGCAGGCUGGGCAUCAGCUGUGGGACACCUCCGUGGGUUCUCCUGAGCACCUCUUGGGGCUUUGAGGGUGCAGAGUGGCAGCUUGGUGCUUAACGAGCAGCUGUUGGACUGAGAUGUGUUAUAGUGCAGUUAGAAAGUGAAAAAGAAACAAAGUCUGUUGCAUCCUUGGAGCUGCUGCCAGGCCAUGGGAUGAGAUGGGAUCUGCUCAGUUUGCUCCUCUGCCAGUGCCGCAGGACCAGCCAGCUGCCUUCACAGCACACACGAGAUACAGUACAGAUGUGCCAUUGAAAUGUAAGAAAGCUGUGGUCUUUCUUCUUUUGAAAACCUUGUCUGUGUCUGAAACAUCAAUCCCAGAUUUAGUGUUCCAGGCCCAAAAGAACCACUAGGCACUAUUCUUCCUGCAGCAAUGCCAGGUCACAGAUCUUCAAAAAUAAAUCCCAGUUCACUCGUUUCUUCUCUGUCCUGUGAUCUGUAACUCGGCAUCUCUCCAUGACUUGUAUAAAUGGUGAAUGUUUGUUAUAAUUUAUAGCUGGGAUACAGCCAUAGCUCUGAAAGAUCCUUUAAAAAUAGCUGUGCUGUGUUCUGACUCAUGCUUUUACCUAGAAUGAAACGGCAAAACUCAGCACAAUGGUACUAUGGAGAUGUUUAGAGCCAUGUUUAAUAACCUGUCCGUUUCCAUGCCACGUAGGACGGGUGGCUUGCUUUCUCUGUGUUGGUACAACAUCACUGCAAUGUGCUCAGUGCUGCAGCUCAAAGAGUGGUUGGAAGUAUCUUAGGUAAAUGUUUCUCACAUUCAGGCUACCACCCUGUCAAAACAUGAGAUAGAGCUGCACAUUUUUGCUAGAAAAAUCACUGGCAUCUAACAUUGCAACGAGGCUGAUUUGGGGUUGGUAAAUCCUGGCAUCUUGUAGUCACUGUGGUUGGGAGGAGGACGCUGGUCAGGCUGGCCCACGUGGCGCUGCUGGAUUCCCCAGUCCGUGUUUGUCAGUUGGUGCAGCAGCUCCCCUCCUCGGUGGUGGACCUGUGCCUUGCAGCUCUAAAGUGAGAUCAAGGGGUUGAGGACAGAGCAGUAAGCGUGCUUGAGUCAUCCUUGGAUAAAAUGUGCACAAGGGUGUGUUGAAAAGGGGAAGUCUGCCAGUCAGCAUGAAGAGCUAAGGAAAGGGAUGGAGAACAUAAGCACAGUGCUUUAGAACACCUCUUUGGAAAAGUGAGGUUACUGUAUUGUUUUACGGAUGCUCCUGUGACCUGACAGACCCUCCGUGCCAAAUCACAACAUGCCUAUUUGGCGUGUCAGAGCCCCAGCUCCCAGCUGCUUGACUGAGGUGAAGCGGUGCACACAGUUCUGUGAGGUGCACAUCUCUUCAUGGUCACAUUAGCAGAUGGUAAUUGUGGAAGGUCUAGCAAAGCAAAAGCAAUCCGUGCUGGCUGAUGCACCAAACUGCAGCUGCAGGAGCAGCACUGGGCCUGAGCGUCACAGCCUGUCAAGCUGUUAGAAGUCACUGUUUGUGCUGUUUUUUGCCUCAGAAGAGGGCUGAUGUCUUCAGUGGACGCUAUAAAUAGUUUUGAGUUUCUGGGAAAAAAUGUAGGGCUUGAAUGCAAGUAUGCUUGUUUGUUUGUAGUUCUUUUUUGAAGAAACUUCAGCAGUAAAGGAGCAAAGAGAGAAAGAGAAAGGCUCUUCUCUCAUCUCUAUGCAUUCUAGAGGCAACGUUCCCUUUCUUGGCAUCUUUGCCAUUUCCAAGGAUGCGCUGCUUUUGUUGUCACUGUGCUCUGAUAAAUGCUGUGUAAGAGAUCCUCUAAAUAAGCACCAGUAGAGGAAACCUAUUUAAGUUCUCAGCCUUAAAGGACACAAGGAAGCUCUCAGGCCAGUUCACAGCCACUGUGUACCUUAGUCGGUUUUGAUUUGACUCCUGUGUGUUUCUGUGACAAACCUGUAGUGUUACAGCUCUACUCCUGGCUUUGCACAGACUAAUGCAAAAUGAUUCUGAGCAUCUGUUCUUUGUAGGCAUUUCUGGAUGUUUUAGAUGGUCAAAUAUAGACAGUAUAUUAUAGGCACGUAUACUGAGAGUAGGUUUUAAAGCAUAAAAUGCAUGUGGAAUUAGCUUAUAAUAAAAGGUAUGCUAUAUUACAACUGUAGAGUUUAAUCUCUAUCGUAACCCACUUCAGCAUUCGUUUCUUGGAUUAAAAGGAGGGAUACAGGGGACUUCUGUUUGGAUUUCUGCAGUAACUACAUAACCAAGGGGGGUUACUGUCUCUCUGCUUUGCUCCCUCCCCUGGGGCCUGUGCUUAUCCUGUUUGCUUCCUCCCUUUGUCAGAGCUGUCAAGCACAGCUUCAUGCUUACAGGCUGAGCUUUCUGUACUACUAGCACUAUUAAAGGCCCACUGCACUUAACAUGCAUAGUGCACCUUUAUUUCAGCUAGGUUGAUUAGUCUUCUGCCCCUAAGGUGACAAGAGGGGUGAA